CCCGCCGCCCCCCUGCUCGCCCUGCUGCUGCUCCUGGCCGGGCCGCUCGGCGGGGCCCGCGCUUUGACAUGUCUGUGCUCCGACUGCAAACAAGCCAACUCCACCUGCGAGACGGACGGCGCCUGCAUGGUCUCGGUCUUCAACCUGGACGGGGUCAAACACCACGUUCGGACCUGCAUCCCCGAGGCCAAACUGAUUCCUGCUGGGAAGCCCUUCUAUUGUCUGAGUUCGGAGGAUCUGCGGAACACUCACUGCUGCUACUCCGAUUUCUGCAACAAAAUUGAUUUAAUGGUUCCCAGCGGGCACCUGAAGGACAACGAGCCCCCGUCGAGCUGGGGUCCCGUGGAGCUGGUGGCGGUGAUCGCCGGGCCCGUGUUCCUCGUGUUCGUCGUCAUGAUCAUCGUGGUCUUUGUGUUCCAUCACCACCAGCGAGUCUACCACAACCGCCAGCGGCUCGACAUGGAGGACCCCUCCUGUGAAAUGUGCCUUUCCAAGGAUAAGACCUUGCAAGAUCUGGUCUACGAUCUCUCCACCUCCGGCUCGGGCUCAGGUUUGCCGCUGUUUGUCCAGCGCACCGUGGCUCGGACGAUUGUCCUGCAGGAGAUCAUCGGCAAAGGCCGCUUCGGGGAGGUGUGGCGAGGCAGGUGGCGAGGGGGCGACGUGGCCGUGAAGAUCUUCUCCUCCCGUGAGGAGCGUUCCUGGUUCAGGGAAGCUGAGAUCUAUCAAACUGUGAUGCUGCGGCACGAGAACAUCCUGGGGUUUAUUGCUGCGGAUAACAAAGAUAAUGGGACAUGGACUCAGCUGUGGCUCGUCUCCGACUACCACGAGCACGGGUCCCUCUUCGACUACCUGAACCGCUACACGGUGACCAUCGAGGGCAUGAUCAAGCUCGCCCUGUCUGCUGCCAGCGGGCUGGCCCACCUGCACAUGGAGAUCGUGGGCACUCAGGGGAAACCUGGGAUUGCUCACAGGGACCUGAAAUCCAAGAACAUCUUGGUGAAGAAGAACGGCACGUGCGCCAUCGCUGACCUGGGCCUGGCUGUCCGGCACGACUCCGUCACCGACACGAUUGAUAUCGCACCCAAUCAGAGGGUCGGCACCAAACGAUACAUGGCCCCAGAAGUCUUGGAUGAAACCAUCAACAUGAAGCAUUUCGAUUCCUUUAAAUGUGCCGAUAUCUACGCCUUGGGCUUGGUCUACUGGGAGAUUGCCCGAAGGUGCAACGCAGGAGGUAUCCAUGAGGAGUAUCAGCUUCCCUACUACGACCUUGUACCCUCUGAUCCUUCCAUCGAGGAGAUGCGGAAGGUCGUGUGUGAUCAGAAAUUACGGCCCAACAUCCCCAACUGGUGGCAGAGCUACGAGGCACUGCGGGUGAUGGGCAAGAUGAUGCGGGAGUGCUGGUACGCCAACGGAGCCGCCCGGCUCACCGCCCUCCGCAUCAAGAAAACCCUCUCCCAGCUCAGCGUCCAGGAAGAUGUGAAAAUUUAGGCUCUGAGCCUCAGCAGGAAGAAACUGCACAGGAGCUGCCGUGCUAGAGUAGACAUGUGAUGGAGGCCUACCUCGUGUUUCAGCCCAACCUACUGCUACAACCAGACAGCGGGACCUGCAGGCUGCGAGGCGGGGGGACGGAGCCUACGGAACCGCUCUCUUCCCUGCUUGGGUAUGAAACAAUCCGAAACCUUUUGUGAUCACCUCCUGGGAGCGUGGAGACUUGAGAGGGGACUUCACCCGAGGGAUCUCAGCCACGAUCGUAACUCUUUGUUCCUUUAACGGGAAUCCCUGUAAAGCUCAGCGCGCGCUGGGCACCCCUUGGCGGGGUCGGGGCCAGCCCGGGGUGCCCGGUGCCGGGAGUGGGAAGGGAAAGGGAAGGUUUUUCUUGCCGUUGCUCUGAGGAUUUUUCCAGGGGACUGGCACGCCGGUGCAGAAAAAGCAAAACAAAAUGGUGCUCCCUUUUCUGAGAGGCUGAGCCGGGACAGUUGAUCAGCUUCACGAAACCGUUUCCCCCCCCCCCCUUCCUUUUUUUUCUUAAGCUUGAAGAAGUCCAGCCGAGCGCCCCGGCGGCCGUCGGGGCGCCGGCGUCUGCAUGCGCGAGGCGCGCGUGUCCCUGUGCCUGGUCAUCUCCUCCGUAGCCGUGCGGUGUCUGCCCGUGGGUGGCUCAUCUCUGUCCGUGCUUCCUGUGCAUGUGCAAAUCUCGAGUGUCCCGUUUGUGAGCUGUUGCUGGUGCUCUCCUGUGCUGAGUUGUGAGCGUUUGUGGAGCUUGGACAGGCUGCUGCAGAGCGGAUCCUCGGCUCCCCCGGCGGGGAACGUCCCGCCAGGUCACCUCACUGCCACCCUGUCCCUUUUUUAAGACAAAACAAAAUAAGGAACUGAGAAUCACUCCUGGAAUCCAGGGGUGGUUUGUUUUUUUUUUUUUUUUUGUCUCGAGCCCCUGGGGUUUGUAAUUCUUGGUAGGGGGGGAGCUGAGAUGUGUCAGAGGUGGAGCAGGCGCUGCGCCCGGCCUGCAGGGAAAGCAGGGGACGGUUCUCCUGGGAACACAAUUCCCAAGUCCACCAUCCAGGCAGAAUUCUGGGGGCUGAUCCACGGGUGCUGGGGGUGCUCUGCACCUCCCAGAGGCGCCGGGCAGGAUCUGACAGCGGGUGUGGGUUGGGAAAUCAACGUCCAUCUUUUUAAUAUAGGUGUAUAAAUAUCUCCUGAUGUGGAAGUGGCCAUGUCUUAAGUGUGGGGUGGGGGGGCCUGCAUGGAUUUUUUUUCAUUCAGCGUUGAAUCCGGGUGAGGAAGAGGUGGGAUGACUUGUCUGCAGUGAACAUGGAAGUGAGGGCUGAGGCUGCCCUGCUGAUUUUGGCAGUCAUGGUGUGGGGGUCAGGUCAGUGUCUGCGGUAGAGAACUCUGAAGCCAUAACUUUUAACUGGAGUGGUUUUGAUUAUUAUUUUUUUUAUUAUUAUUGUUGUUAUUAUUAUUGUUAUUAUUAUUAUUAUUAUUUUCUGGGAGGGUCUGGAUUUUAACUUUUUUGAAUAUUGUUAAUUCUUUCUAAGAGAAGAAAAACAAUCUCUAGUUAUUACCUCUUGACCUGUUGGUUUGUAAAGAAAUCACUGCAAAAAAAAAAAAAAAAGGAAAAAAACCAAAUGCACAGCUCGAUUUACACUGGAACUGUUUCUACUCUGACCUUGCUCCUGCUCUCUAAGGUGAGGUUUCAUCUCUGCUCCGGCCGCCGGGGUUAAAUCUUUAUUUCAAUCCCUCUGUUCUUGCUGUCUGUGUCCCUGUCCGUGUGUCCCCCCGACUCCCCCGUCUGUCUGUGACCUUGUGUAAAGUGAGGAGUGUGGGUUUUGCAUCGUGUUAGGAGCCCUUUUGCAUCCCCCCCGAGGAGUUGGGAGCGGCGCGGAGCUCCCGGAGCGGGAUCGGGGUCCAGCUCCCCGUCCCAUCCCAGUUUAUCCCCGUCCCAUCCCAGUUUAUCCCCGUCCCAUCCCAGUUUAUCUCGGCUCCCAGUCCCAGCCAGAGGUUCCCACCAGUCUCCGUUUCCCCCGAAACCUGCGUUUAGAAGCCCAGGGGUUUGGCGGGCACUGCCCGGCGCUGAGGACUCUCCAGCUGCUGGCACAGGCCCCGGGGAUGCCCUGGGAGCUGGGGAAGGACGGGCUGGGCAGGAAGGGACGUCCCCCACUGGUAGGUACUGCGGGCUCUCCCUCGGCUCUCCCAUCCCCGUGCAGGCCGAUUCCCAGGGACGCUCCGGAGGCUCCGGAACUUGCACUGACUCCCCCCCCCUCCAACUGUAGCCACACAUGCACCUGCCUCAGCGCCAAACCAAACAGCGCCCGGCGCGCGGGGUCGGCCCGGGUCAGGCACGAGGGACGAGGGAAGGGCGACACCCCCGUGAGCAGCGUCCUAGGAAAGGAAGAGCCUUGUUUGGGAGACAGAGAGAGAUGGGGAAAACCAAGCGGGAUCCGCGGCGGGAACGCUGACCAUGUAGCAUUUACACAGCACUUUCAUGCAAAGCCGUGCCCGGGGGGUGCCAGCGCUCGCCAGAGCUGGCUGGGAGCACAUAGGAAUCUCUGCCAGGCUCCGGGCCUUGCAGCAGCUCUGGGAAAAAGCAGCAUUCCAGGCAGGCCCGAGGGGAGCCCAGUGCAGGACGAGGAGGGGGGUCCAUCAGCGGUACGCGGCUGCAGGACAGAACUCUUGGUACUUCUCUGCCCCUUUGAUUUGUUUGGUUUUGUACAUUUUUUUCUUAGCAAAGGACUGUAAGAAAAUAGCCACUUAGCCACUUUACCUCUUCAGUAUGCAAAUGUACAUACGGUGUAAGAUAGGAAAUCUUUUGUUUAAUAUAAAACCAGGCUGUCGAUUUCUGCUGUACAUUAUUAAAAGUUUGUUUUAUUCA